UGUUUAUUUUUAUUGGGAAGGCAGAUUUACAGAGAGAAGGAGAGACAGAAAGAUUUCAUUUGCUGGCUCACUCCCUAAAUGGUUGUAACAGCUGGAGCUGAGCCAGUCUAAAGCCAGGAACCUGGAGCUUCUUCUGGGUCUCCAACGGGGAUGCAUGACAUAGGGUCAUUUUGUAUUGCUUUCCCAGGCCAUAAGCAGGGAGCUGAAUGGGAAGUCGAACAACCAGGACACAAUCUGGUGUUAGUAUGGGAUGAUGGAGCUUUCAGGUAGAAGAUUAGGCAGUAGAGUUACUGUACUGGCCCCAGAAAAGUAAUUUCACAGCAAAUAAGUAGAAUGUCAUGCCAACUCCUCGAUAUUUCAAAAGAUGCUUACACAACAAUGGACAGGACAUGAUAAGAUAAAUAAGCAAAAGAGUCCCAUGUUGGAGGAAGGAUUCCUUUCUGUUUGUGAAGUGAAGCCCUGCACUUGUAUUCCCGUAUUCACCUGUUUAACUCCUCCAGCCUUAGUGUCAGAGUUCUGCCCACUGUCCCAUCCACCUUCUCCUCUCCUUCCAUGUAGCCAUCCCACUUAGUUCCAUGCUGUUUUGAAAUGCAUCAUGACAGUCAUUGUUAACCCCAAUGAUCUUUGCAAAUACCAUCUCUAAUCUGCUAAAGACUUUUCAUGAAUUAUCUUUGUUUAACAAAUAACCAUUAUAUAAGGUAAGUUCUAUAACUGUCCUCCUUUUCCAGCAAAAGAAGUGAGGUCAAUGGAAGUGUUUAUUUUUCCAGAGGACAACCAGCCCACUGGUGUUGGUGCCAGGGGACCAUCCAGGCUAGAUCUGUCUACUUCAGGUCUAAGCAUUUAACAUCCUAGAGCUGUCACUUGUCCCUAUUGCUUGCCACUGCCCACCACUUUGCUUUGCCUUAAGCAACAGACUUCCCAGAUGUACAGUGUUCAUCAAAAGUGUUGCUCUCAGCCUAGUUGGCCCUACAGUCUCCUGAUUUUCCUCCUGAGUCAUAAGCAUCUCUUUCUGCUCUCUGAGUAUUAUCUUUCUUCUAGCUUUAGUCAUUUACCUUUUGUUCUUCGAUUAAAACUGUCUCAUAUUUAGAGAAAUACUCGACCAAGAUCUAGCCUUGACUUCUCUUUGGAGUUGACCCUGCUGCUGCUGUACUUGUUAACGUGUUUCCAUUUGGAUAUUUUCCUACCAUAUCAAACACAGUGCAUCUCAAAUGUGAGCUUUUGUUGUUGUUGUGGUUGUUGACCACCAUAUUUCAUGUCUAUUUCUCAACAUAAAGCCUCUGUCUACUUAGUUUUCUUCACAGAAGAACCCAAUAUUUUACUCAUGUGUUAACGUUUCUCCAAAUCUCAUGUUGCCUUAAUGUUUCAAGCUUAUUGCCUCUUUUCCCUAAAGUGAGUUAGUAUUUUAGUCUGGCCAGCCUACUGACUGUGCUCCAAAAUAUCUAAUUCACCUAGCUUGCCAUUCUUUAGGGUCCCAUGCAAGGGUCUACCUGCCCUGGGGAGCUUGCCCUGAGGAAUCAAGCAUGUUGCAUUAUUCACUAAUAUCUUUUCUGUGUUGGCAUUUGAUCUCCUCAAUUGGAUUGUGACCUCUGUAACCCUUUUGCUUUCCAGUGUGGCUGGGUGUCUUGCACAUUGUAUGUACUUCCUACAGAUUAGUUAAUUCAUUGUUGGGAUGGAGGGUAGAAUAGGGAAAGAUAUUAGCCCUAAAUAUGUGUGGAGAGACUUGAAUUGUGUCCUAGAAGACCAAGACUUUGUUUUCCUCUGCUUUUUUUUUUGAUUGAAUAUCUACUCUGUACCAGUGUUGCGUUAGGUGCUAUGAUUCUUUAAAGGUUUGUAAGUGGGUGAGGAAGGUUGGGAAUUGUGCCUCCAUUUCUCUGUUUCUGUACAUCCACCUUUCAAGCAGGUAGAUGGCUGUGUUUCUUUGAAUGGUGAUAAUCAGUAGCAGAGGCCCAGUGCCCAACCUGAAGUGUUUCCUCUCCAGGGUGGCUCUCUUCUCCAAACUGACGCUACUUCCCCUACUUCCCUAGUGUGCCAGAAAGUCACCAGGUUGGCCACAACUCUUUCUGGGCACAGCAUGCAAAGGAAAUUUCACCCACAUGAUAGCCAAGAAAUGUCAAAGAGGACAGGGACGUCAGCAGCAGCCAAGCCAUCUUGGAUCACGAAAAGGUUCCUUACAGGAAAGGUUGGCUGAUGUUGUGACACCACUCUAGAGGCUGAGCUAUGAAGAGCAGCUCAAGGUGAAACUUGAAGCUUAGAAGAAAAUUUUACUCAGACUGGAGUCUUACCUCCAUGUGCUCAAAGGAGUCAAGGUCGCAACAGCUGCAAAAUCCAAGGAACCCUGUUGUCUUCUUCAUCCUAUUAUACCCCUCUAUGGGAAUGUCGUCUGUGUGCAGUGUAACAAUCUGAAUAACGUCCCUGAGAAACAUAAUCAAGUGACUCAGGCUACAAGCAAGAAGCUGGAUGCAAAGUGGAGCAACCAGAACAUGAACCAGCACCCAUAUGGGAUCCCAGUAUGUGCAAGGGGAAGAUGGGGAGAGAGCUGCUCCUUGCCAUCAAACUACAUCAGCACCCAGGGAUGGGGGACAGUCCUUUGAUGAUUCCCUAGAGAGCCCCAUGUGAAGAGUGUUACGAGGAUAUUACUUCAGUGGUUUCAAUAGUCCUGAGAUGUUGUCGGUUUCGUCACUCUAGGAAUGAGAAAAUCUUCCAAGGUCUACUAGUUGACAAAGCCCACCUUAGUUCAUCCACAGACCCAGGAACAUACUACAAAGCUUAGCCAGGAGAGUUGUCCAAUCUGUUCUUUCCAUCCUCUGACAAGGCACUCUUCAUCCUCUGCUGACCUAGAUGAACUGGCUGUCAUGUCCCUGUGUGCAUCUGCGUAUGCUGUCUACUGAGGCAUUAGCAACUGAGCAGACCCAGUCUUGUAUGUGCUGGUGGGUGUUGCUACCCAGCCUAACAUGGUGGCUCCUAGUCCUGGCACUCACCAAUGGGUACUGCGGCCUAGCCUAACCUGGCCCACCCCCAGACUCAGCUCUCAUGUGACACAGUGGGUGCAAUGGCCUAGCAGACCUGUUCUAUACCCAUUCUGCCUCUUGUGAGCACUAGCAGAUGCUGCAGCCCUGUAUAGUUUGGCCUGCCUCCAGACCCAGCCCACUCUCUCAGGCUGAUGGAUGCUUCAGCCAUGACCAGCCUGGUCUGCAAACAGCCCCAGCUCUAAUAAUCACCAGUGGGAGCUGCAGCCCAGCAGAGGAGUCCCCAGAGUUUCCUGUACCAGGUCCGUUCCCAUCCUCAGGUCUUACUUGUACUGGUAGGUGCUUUGACCCAGUCUGUCAUGACUUACCCACAGUCUCAGCUCUUGUUAGUGGGUGCUGCAGCUCAGCCCAGCUGUGUGUGGCUUAUACCCUGUCAUGACUCUCACGCAUGCCAGCAGGUGCUAAGACCUGGUUUAGCCUGUACUAUACCCAGACCUGGCCCACACAAAUGCUGACAGGUGCUGCAGCCUUGCCUGUCCUGGCCCUCACCCAACCCUGACUCCCAUGCUCCUCAGAGGGAGCUGAGGACUAGUGGGCAAGUUUCCCAACUUCCUCUACCUGACCUGCUCCCAGCCCCAGAUCUCACAUGUACUAGAAGGACAACAGCCCUCCUUGGCAUGGUCUGCCCUCAUGUGGCCCUUGCAUGUACCAGUGGGUAUCACAUUCUGGCCUCACCUGGGCUUCUCCCAACCCCAAUCCUUGCAAAUAUCAGGUUUUUUCCUGUCAGGUGAGUUCCGUGGUCCAGGCUGCUCAGCCCAUCUCUGCCCAGAACUCUGCAUAAACUGUUGGGUGCUGCAGUCCCACAGAGAUGAGCCCACAAGACCCCUACAGAAUCUAGGCCCAGAUCUGGUUCUUUUACUUUCUGCUGGGUGCUGUAGCCCAGGCAACAAGGUCUACCCCCUACUCUGACAUUCAUGGAUGGAUAU